AUGGCAAAAAUCACGGUACAAAUAAAUUUUAUCUAUAAUCAUAGAUUAUUUUAUUUGAAUAAAAUGAUCAAUAGAGAUUUAGAAUUAUCACUUUAUAAAAAAAAAAUAGAUCUUGAUUAUAGUAAAAUUUAACACAAAUUUGGAUCCAUUAACAAAAUUUCACCUGAUAAGUUACAAUAUCAUUAAAAUAAUCUAUGUUGUAAAUUGUUUAAGAAUGCAAAUAAAAGAAAAAGCAUUUAAGUUAGAAUUUAGACUAUCGAUCCACUUGUAGAAAAAUAUAUUAUAGAAAACAGUGGAAAAUUUUUCAAUAAUGUCACAAAAUAAAGUUUAACACACAAUUAAGGGAAAACACUAUGCUAUGUAACUUGGAAUGGUACCUCUUUCCUCUCGAUCGAAAACUCCAACCUAAAAGACUUACAGUUAUUAAUAAACUAAUAGUCUGUUUUAUUAAGAACCAAGGACUCAAAAAGUUAAAUCUUCUCGUGCCUAUUCAGAAUAAAACACUUGUAUUGA